UCCAGGGAGAGCGGAUAUAGUGAAUGCAGGGUCCUGGGAGACCAGAUAUAGUGAAUGCAGGGUCUGGGGAGACCAGAUAUAGUGAAUGCAGGGUCCUGGGAGACCAGAUAUAGUGAAUGCAGGGUCCGGGAGAGCGAAUAUAGUGCAUUCAGGGUCCGGGGAGACCAGAUAUAGUGAAUUCAGGGUCCGGGAGAGACCAGAUAUAGUGAAUGCAGGGUCCAGGGAGACCAGAUAUAGUGAAUGCAGGGUCCGGGGAGACCAGAUAUAGUGAAUGCAGGGUCCUGGGAGACCAGAUAUAGUGAAUGCCGGAUAUAGUGAAUGCAGGGUCCAGGGAG